GGCAGGAAUGAAAAGUAGUAAAAAAAACUCGUUUUUUACUUCAUAAAGUAACAAACUUUUAAAGAUUCUUGUUCCAUUUGACAGAUCACAAACCCCCUCCCAACUAACUCCACAAACACUCAUAGAUUGACAUACACUCAUCAUCAAAAAAUUUUAUUUCAUUACAUCUAUUUGGUUUAGUUAGUUAGUAGCCUGAAUAAUAAUAAGAUGAUGAAUGACAGUUUGAUCUUCAAAUCUAGACUCUUACGCCGAUCUCCUUCAGUUCCAGUAAUAUUCUUGAAGCGCUUCUCUUAUAAGGACAUAAAGCAAGCAACAGACAGUUUUAGCAGAGUUCUUGGGACUUCUUCUCACGGGGCUUCUUAUAUAGCCAAGUUUGAAGAUAGUGUUUAUGUAGUGAAAGAAAUACAUAUUAUUGAUAAAGAAGAUGAUUUUUUCUAUAGGCAAGUUCAGCUAUUGGGACGUUUGCAUCAUCGCCAUGUUGUUGCACUUACUGGAUUUUCAGUAGGACGAAAGAGGUUUCUCGUGUUUGAGAACGUAGAAAAUGGAAGCCUCAAGGAACAUCUGAAUGAUCCUUUAAAAACCCCUCUGGAUUGGAGAAUCAGGCUAAGGAUAGCUGUUGGUGUGGCUGCCGCAUUGGAAUAUUUACAUUUCUUUUGUGACCCUCCAGUAUAUCAUGUCUCCAUCAGUUCAAGUACCAUUAUGUUAGAUGAAAAUUUCAAUCCAAAGCUGUCUGAUGUUGGACUCCUUGGUUCGGGUAGCGAUCAGGUUAUGGCAUGGCGUACUUCUAGUUCUAAUGAAACGACUGGGCAAGUAUAUGGAAACAUAAUGUAUCAGCUAGGGUUGCUGAUACUUGAGUUGAUCACGGGUCAAUCAUCAGACAAAUCGGGUACUGAUCUGAGCCAAUGGAUCGAAGAAUCUUGUUUCCCAACAUCAAUGGAUAACAUGAUUGACCCUGAUCUUGGGAAUGAUUACGAUUCUAGAGAGCUCAAAGGAUUGUUAGCUGUAGCAAGGUUUUGCAUAAAAUCUGUGGAUAAGCCAAAUUCAUUCACUCCUCAAAUAUAUAGGCAUCUUCAGAGGAAGAUGAGCUUCCACAAGACUUGCAUUUAGCCAAUUCAUUUUCUGUAUCUUAUAAAUGUGCAGAUAUAUGAUUUUAGUGUCCAUAAAAUACAGGAAAAUAGAAAAGGAAAGAGAGUGUCAUUUGUAAAUUCUUUGGUGAAAAAAUAUAUCUGUAGCAGCUCACAUAACAAGUGAUAUUGAUGAUAAAUAAGAUACAUUACCGCCUUUGAUCCUUUUCUAUGA